AUGUCAACCCCGUCUUCUAGAAAACUACAAGUUCAAGAUGAGCUCAUAAGGACAAUUCGCUCCAUUAGCUCUGAUUUCCAGCUCCAGCUUCAGAUCCCCGACCCAACAUUGUCGCCCAGUAAGCGUCGGGCGCAAUGCCGCACGGAGGAUGAAGCGUUAUGCGACGCGAUCUACCUUUGCGCUUAUCGACUCAAGUUCCAAGACCCAAAUCGCCUUGCCGUAUGUUUCACCCGCUUCCGCGAGCAGGCCGACGACCACCUUAAGAAUUGGAUCAGGAAACCCCGCGGUGACCCUGAUACUACGCCUGUCAAUCCUUGGAAUGACCCACAUGGCCGUGGUUAUCGAUUGACCUCGCAGGAACGGACUGAGCUUCAGAACUUGCUGUUGCGAUUGCUCAAGGAUGAUAAUAUCGCGAAUCAACCGCGUUCCAGACACUCGACUUCAAAACGCAGAUCCGACGAGUUCCCGAAUUCUACUUCAAAGAGAUCUAGAAAUUCUUUCGAUGGGUCACCUGCCUGUGAUAGUAUCGACAAUAUCCCAGUUCGAUCCACAGCCAUCGCCUCGAGUAGUCUAUCAACGGGACGGCCCGCACGCGGCGCAGGUACAACUUCCUUCACCAAUCGCGUCGCCGCUUCUACCACAUCGUUCUCAAAUACGCAACCGUUAUCUUUUGGUUCCAGAUCUUUCAACUCCAGCAAGGCUUCGUUGGCUCCGACUGUUUUCUCAGCCACAAAUGACACUGCACCCAGCACGCAAGCUACAGUCCUGACAAAUCCUUCCUUCAAAGACCCUCGAACUUCAUUCCGAGCUACUCAAUCCUCAUUCAAGUCCCAACAGACCUCGAAGGACAUCCAGGUUCCAUUUUCACAAAGAAUUCGGGAGUUCUCAUAUCAGCCUCCAAGUCAGCCCAAUCAGAAUGAUACUGAUCCAGCAAAGCCACGCUCAUUUCACCAGCAUGGGUCCCAGAUGCAGGCCGGGUCUAGCUACAAGCCUAUUGUUGUUGAUGACCCCGUGGACGAUCCUUUCAAUGAGCCUGUCCUCCCUGCUCUGGCAAUGCCCCAGCCCAUACGCAGCCAAACCUUCGACAUAAAACGACAAACAACGAUCCGGUCCAGUAGCCCCGCGACGGCAUACUCAAGUAAUAUAGAUGUGAAUGAGUGGGAAGAGGCAUUUCUCAACGUCCCAGGCCCUGUGAUAGAACCACCUUCAUGCUCACUGACGGAUCGCCUGCGAAACAUCUGGCCCAAGUUUCCCAUUCCUGGGUUGAAUCAGGCACCUUUGAUUAUCUUGUGGGAACUCACACGGGCUGCGCUCUACUGUCGCGUGGACCUGUCGGAAUGGGAUCUCGAAUACAAACAAGACGAUACCUGGCGAGAUCAAACCAAGUUUCGAGGCCAGAUAGUCCGACACCGUCUCUUUGUUGGCCAAGGCCUACCUCCGGCUUGCGAUCGUGUGGUAUGGGAUGCGGCCUUUGGCUCCUUCACUUCCCAGGAUAGAACUAUCGUUCUCGCGGCGGAAUUCGUAGUGAAUACUGAUAAUACAGGUCCUCUUUACCGACUCAAGCUUCAACCCCCUCGUCUUGAGCUUGGGCAUCGACUAGCUCGUCGCUUUGGAGCAGAUCGUUUUAUGGAAGUCAUCAUGCCUUCUCCCACUUCCAGAGAUGCUCCUGAAAUAAUCAAGCAGGAUCCGCAGGGGUCGGAAAAAGUCAUCAGAUGGCUGACUGACAACCACUACUUUGCUGGUCGCCACUGGGCAUCCUUCUAUAAUCGCGAGGCUAAAAGGACAGCCAAAGAUCCUCAACCUCCCCACAAGACAAUUACUAUCAUGCAAGAGCGUGUUUACUUUUUCGCAACCGAUGGCAACAACUUCCGGCUUCCAGAGGACCAGUUUCCCUCUCAAGAAGAGGCAAAGACUCCCGAGUAUCGCACAAAAAUGCGACGAUCCGAUCUCCUGACCUGGGCAAUCAACGUCGAAGGCAAUGCUUCACAACCUGUACCGAAGUUGUUCUCAAGGCUUGCCCUUAACCUCAGCAAAACCUUUCCCACAAUUGUCCUUGAACCUCACCAGUUUCGGCACCGCGACACUAUGCUAGGCUUCCGCCCGUACAUGAGUGACGAAGAGGAAAAAGAACAGAAGGAUAUGGGCGAUGGUAUCGGGAGAAUGUCUCGAAGUCUCUCGCGCAAAGUUGCCACACAUUUGGGCCUUAUGGAGGCACCGAGUGCGUUCCAAGCUCGUAUCGGCAGUGCCAAGGGAAUGUGGGUAGUUGAUGUUGAAGAUGAUGGAUUGGAUGACGACGACUGGAUCGAAACAUAUCCAUCCCAGCGCAAAUGGGAUUGCGAGUUCUCGGACAUCCACCAUCGGACAUUUGAAGUGCGAGAAUGGUCAAGGGAGCUGAAGUCUGCUGCACUCAAUACACAGUUCAUCCCUGUUCUGGAGGCACAGGCCCCGGUGCCUCAGAAUAUGCGGGAUAUCAUAUCCCAUCACCUAGCUACUAGCCUUCAAGAAGAGAUCGGAGGCCAACUCGCCGCCAUGACACAUCCUACCAACCUUCGUGGCUGGACACGUCGUGGUUUUGAUCGAUCGACAUUGGGCACCGUCCCUUUUGUGGGCGGCUUGCCAGAACGAGACGAAGACAUCAUCUCAUUUAUGCUUGAUGCUGGAUUUGACGCCACCAAGUGUAGUUUCCUGCGUGAUCUCGUGUGGAAAGGACAGAAAAGACAAGCGGAACAGCUCAAGGCAAAGAUGAACAUCAAGAUUCCUCGAUCAACAUACGCGUUCAUGACGGUAGACUUUACUGGGACACUGAAAGAAGGCGAGGUACACCUUGCAUUCUCUUCAAAGUUCCAAGCCGAUGGCGAUUCUGAUACACUGCUGGAUGGUAUUGACAUACUGGUCGCUCGAGCACCAGCCCAUUUCGUCAGCGACAUACAGAGGGUCAAGGCUGUUUUCCAACCGAGCUUGAAGCGGCUAAAAGAUGUGAUUGUGUUUUCGUCACAGGGAAAAUCUCCACUCGCCGACUUACUCUCAGGUGGCGACUACGAUGGUGAUCAAGCUUGGAUUUGUUGGGAUCCUAAGGUUGUGGCCAACUUCAACAACGCGCCAAAGCCUGUUGAACCAGACCUUAUCGGACAGGGAUACCUCCAAAAGUUAAAUCCAUCUUUUGGAUCAUUACUUGACGCAAGUCCCGGCCUUGAAAGCGCCUGUACAGACUUUCUUCGCUCAGCAAUUUCGUUCAACAUGCAGCCGAGUUAUCUGGGCAUAGCUACCAAGUUCAAGGAGAGGGUUUGUUACCUGGAAGGAGGUGUCAAUAGUGAGCAAGCUGUUGCUUUGAGCACUUUGGUCAGUCUACUUGUUGAUCAAGCCAAGCAAGGAUUGCUAUUCGGCCGCGAAGACUAUGAUAGGUUGAAGCGUGACAUGAACAUGCGAGGCAAAGAUCCCGAAUAUGAGAAUGAAAGAAGUUCUCGACGUAGCUAUGUGAACAGAGAUGGUUCCAUCCACAUUCUUGACUACCUCAAAUUUGAGAUUGCAGAGGAUACAAUUAGCCACGCGCUGAAGCUAUUCUACGACGCCCUUCACGGGAAGGAUGUUCCGGUUUACGCGUGGGACAAAGACCUGGCUCGACUCUGGGACGAUUUUGAGAGUCAGAAAAGCGAAUCGAGAAUCAUUAGUAGGCUUAUGAUUGCCCUUCGUGCUGAAAUCUCCGACAUGAGCAGCAAAUGGAAAAAGACAAUGAUGAAGGGCAAAACCGACACCAUGACCUACGACUUUCCUGUAAAGGUCAAGGAGCUUCAUCAGCAAUGGUCGUCUUAUCUGCCAUCUCCUGACCUCCUGGCUUCGAGGCAAGUCAAGCCCCUCCUCGAUUCCUGGAAUGGAGAUCCAACCUUGAGCAAAUGGGAGCUGCUCAAAGCCUCAACUUUGUUCAAGAUGUGUUACAACGAAAUGUACCACGGGGUCUGGCAUCUCGCAGGGAAGCAGCUCGCAUGGAUGAAGGCGAUGCAGUCGCGUGGGGGAUCAGAUACGAGUGCGAUAGCAGUAACAGCAGAGAUGUGGAGCAUCCUUCGACCAGACAACAAGCGCAUUGCUGCACUUAAUGCAAAAAGACAGACUGGGCACGACAAUGAGAGUCUGGCUGCCCUUGAGGAGGUUACGGAGUACGACGAGAACGGAACGCAGAUCGAUGAUACCUAG